AUGUCAAUCCGCAUGCAGGCCACGCGCGGCCUACCCAGAGGCACAGGGUUUUCGGCCGGCGGCGCAGGCAGCCAGCGGUGGACCGAGGUGAGACUUCCUCACCUCGCCAUGUCCUUGUGCAUCAAGAAGCCAAGCUCCGGCGACCACGCAGCCCAUGGGAUAGCUGCAGAUUUGGGGAUUGCCUUUGCUGACUCUGAGGACUCCACGGGGGUUGACGGGUCCUGUUUGGGUGCCCAGAUGCUACAGGUCCUGAAGGCCCACGGGGCAUCAUUGCAAGCAGACUCUGGCGGCUUGACGCCGGUCUUUUAUGCCGCGAUGUGCGGAAAUACUUGCUGCCUGAAGCAUCUUCUGGCGCUGGAGGGGCCCAAGGUCUUUGCGCAGCGGGACAAGUUCGGCCGAAGCGCGUUGUACUGGGCAGCGGCGAACAACCAGAAAGAGGCCACCGAGUGGAUCCUUGCCCACUGCGCUGGUGAGAUUGGCGUAGAUGAUACCAAUUUUGGUGGCCAGACAGUCUUGGCAAAGGCUGCCUGGUGCGACUUGCCCGAAAUUGCAGAGGUCCUCCUGAAAUUCCGAGCCGACCCCAGCAAAGUGGACGAGCAGGGCCGGAAUGCGCUUCACAAGGCGUCUUGGGGACCGGAUGGAGGCCGAAACGGGGUGAAGAUGGUGGGUGGCCGAGAGGCUGGAGGCAGCCCGAAGUGCGUGCAGCUCUUCCUAGAAGGUUGGAUGCCAUGCAUCCAUGUGCGAGACGCCUUCGGCGCCACGCCCGUGCAGGUUGCGUCAUCCUCCGGAGCAGCAGACUCCUUGGAAAUCCUCUUGGCCAGUGCCGACGGACGUCGUGAGGCUACGCGAGCUCUUGCCAGCACUGCAUUUCGAGGGCAGCGAGUCUGCUUGAAUCAGCUCCUGGCAGCCUUGGCGGACCCGUACUCUUGUCAGAGCUGGGGCCACUCUGCACUUGACCAUGCAGUUGCCGGUGAGAGAGAUGGCGCAGUGGAAGAGCUGAUUGGCCACCUCGUGAGGGACGGUUCUUGCAAAGAGCUGGACGACAUGAUGCGCAGCGCAGUGGGCUGUGCCUGCCGGAUGAGAUGCAGCCGCGUGCUGGGAAAGCUCCUUGCAUCCUUCCAAGUAGACGCAGCAGACGACUUCUUGGGCCUCUGCGUUGCAACUGCCUUUGAGAACCUAGGGCCACAAAAGAGCUGGCCUCCCUUUCAGAUGCCGCUGCCACCUUUACCGCCUCUACCGAUGUGGGGAGGCGCGCGGGGCGCCCUGGAGCCCCGGAAGGUCGAAAAUCUGGACCCGGAUCUGGAUCUCACGGAGCUCCACGAGUGCCUUCGGCUCCUUCUUUCGGCCGGCGCCACGGUCACCGAGCCCACGCUGACCCUGGCGCUGCGCCACGGCCUGGUGCAAGAACCCGACCUCCUGGAGGACCUGGUCUUGGCCUGCAGAGUUCCGCUCGAUUGGCCGCUGGUCGCAGCGGUCGAGAGCCAAGAUGGCCAGGCCGCGCGCUGCCUCCUCAGCGCUCGGGCAGACCCGUCGGCGCACGGUGGCCUCGCGCUCGCUUCUGCUGCUGCAGAGGGCCACGUCUGCCUGCUGCAAGCCUUAGCUUCAGCCCUGCCUUCCCCGAGCCAGCUGGAGUGCAGUGCUGUGUUUCCGUCCCCAAGACCCUGGCCCUUGGACUCCUUGGACUCCUUGGACACUGAUGGCCAGACUGUUCCUCUCAUCCUCGUGGCAGCUCGCUUUGGUCAGGCUGAGUGUAUCACUCUGCUCUCGGAAGAUGUGCGAGAACGAGACGAUGGCGAGCUUUGGAUCCAGAAGGCAGCCGAGCAAGCCACUCUUGCAGGGCAUCCUGAUAUUGCGCACUGGCUGGUGGGCAAGACGCAUGAGAAUCUGCCGACAUGCCAGGCAGCCAAGGUCCUGUCUUUUGAGGUGGAGCGACGAACUUCCAGUUUUGAAGUUGCGCAUCGAGCACCUAGCCUCCCGCCACUGAAUACAUUCUCGGCAAUUGCGGAAGCCUCGAAACAGCAAGACCUCGCUUCUUGCAGCCACGCCCUGGACGCGUCGUCGAUAAGUUUCGUAGGCACCACCACGGAAGCCUCGGAUGCAGUUCGACGUCUUCGAUCCGACCUUCAGAGGGGAGCUGCCGGUGGAGCCGUGAUCGGCGUAGACCUGGAGUGCUACCAUGAGGUGGUCUGCACGGUGCAAGUUUCGUGGCAAAGCUGCGGCGUAGCCCGUCACUGCAUCUUCGAUGCUUUGCUGCUGCAUGACGACAUGAAUCAAAUUCUGGAAGGGCUCUUUACUGACGCAGGUGUCGUAAAGGUCUUUCACAGCCCGCACAAUGACCUUCGAUGGCUACGCAGCAACUUCGGGCUGCGCGUUUGUAACAUCUUCGACACUGCCACUGCGUACCAGCUUCACCGCAACACUGUGAACUCUGUAAGCUUAAAGGACGUGUGCCAAGAGAUCCUGGGCCGUACCCUAGAGAAGCAGUACCAGAAAGCAGACUGGCGACUUCGUCCACUGCCGACCGACAUGCUCCUCUACGCCUCGACAGAUGCCUGGGUUCUUGUGCCUCUCUUCGUGCGCUUCUGCGAGCUGAUGUCUGCCGACGAGCUGUUGGGCAUUUGGACAUCGUGCUGUGAGAUGCUCCAAAGUGUUGAGCAGAAGGAUCUUCCACACAUUCGCAUCUCGCUGUCUCACCAUGAGGCUGAUGGCGAAAACCCCCUCUUGCAGGUGAGCCAGCGGCCGACGCAGUCCGAUGUCUCUUUAAUGGAAAUGCCGAGGAUCCUUUUUCGGGAGAUGGCCUACCUCAUGGGAGAUACUUGGCUGCUCAAGCCUUUCAGCCAGCUACAGUCCCUUGUGUGCUUGCAGAUUCCGUAUACAAGGCCGAUCCCUUGGGCCAAGAACAAGAAGUUCCUAGCGGCCUGGGAGAGCGGAAGGACCGGCUACCCCUUCAUCGAUGCCUGCAUGCGGCAGCUGGCCAGGGUCGGGUGGAUGCACCACCUGGCCCGGCACGCCGUGGCGUGCUUCCUCACGCGUGGCGACCUGUGGCUCUCUUGGGAGCAGGGCCGGGAUGUGUUCGACAAGCUGCUCAUCGACGCGGACUGGUCCCUGAACAACAUGAACUGGCUGGGGCUCUCUGGUGCCGCGCCAUGGUCUCCGCCGUUCUUCCGCGUCUACCACCCCGUGCCAAAGAUGGACUCCUCCUUGAACGUGCAAGACCCAGAGGGCAAGUUCAUACGGGAGUUCGUUCCAGAGCUACGAAAGAUGCCCAGCAAGUACAUCUACGCACCUUGGACGGCUCCCAAGGAGGUGCAGCAGUCUGCUGGAUGUGUUGUGGGCAAGGACUACCCGAAGCCGAUUGUGGAUCACGACACAGCCAGCAAGGCCAACUUGGAGCGCUUCAAGAAGGCCCUGGCCGCGGCGAGGAGUACUCCCACGAAGAAGGGUCCAACCACCGGGUCCGCCCAGAAGCGCAAGGCAUCAGGGUCCAGUGCUUCUGGCAAGAGGUGCAAGUUUGGGUGA